CAGCCGCGCUCUGUGUGCCGGAAAUGACGACAGAGUGUCAACAUGCAAGAUGGCAGCUCAUCACAGGCAGAACACGGCCGGGCGGAGGAAAGUUCAGGUCUCUUAUGUAAUCCGAGAUGAAGUGGAAAAGUAUAAUCGCAAUGGCGUCAACGCUUUGCAACUCGAUCCCGCCCUAAACAGGCUCUUCACCGCUGGAAGGGAUUCUAUCAUUCGGAUAUGGAGUGUCAAUCAGCACAAGCAAGAUCCAUACAUAGCAUCUAUGGAGCAUCAUACAGACUGGGUAAACGACAUUGUACUCUGCUGCAAUGGGAAGACAUUAAUAUCAGCAUCUUCUGAUACUACUGUUAAAGUUUGGAACGCACAUAAAGGAUUCUGCAUGUCCACUUUAAGGACACAUAAGGAUUAUGUAAAGGCCUUGGCAUACGCAAAGGACAAAGAACUUGUUGCGUCUGCUGGUCUGGACAGACAAAUAUUCCUCUGGGAUGUAAAUACUCUUACUGCUCUGACUGCUUCCAACAACACAGUCACAACUUCCUCUCUCAGUGGAAACAAGGACUCUAUCUACAGCCUGGCGAUGAAUCAGAUGGGAACAGUAAUAGUGUCCGGAUCUACAGAAAAGGUUUUAAGGGUCUGGGAUCCACGGACUUGUGCUAAACUGAUGAAGUUGAAAGGGCAUACAGACAAUGUAAAAGCUUUGCUGUUAAACAGAGAUGGCACCCAGUGUCUUUCAGGCAGCUCUGAUGGAACAAUCCGACUCUGGUCUCUUGGCCAGCAGCGGUGCAUAGCAACUUAUAGGGUCCAUGAUGAAGGCGUCUGGGCACUCCAGGUCAAUGAAGGUUUUACUCAUGUGUACUCUGGAGGAAGAGACCGAAAAAUAUAUUGUACAGACUUGAGAAAUCCUGAUAUUCGAUUGCUUAUCUGUGAGGAGAAAGCGCCGGUUCUAAAAAUGGAACUUGACCGAUCUGUAGAUCCUCCAGUAGCACUUUGGGUUUCCACAACAAAAUCGUCUGUAAAUAAAUGGCCUGUCAAAGGUAUACUGAACUUCAGAGCAUCCGGGGAUUAUGAGAAUGACUGUAGCACACCCUUGAGUCCUUUAUGCUCACAACCUGACCAAGUCAUUAAAGGGGGUGCUAGCAUUAUUCAGUGCAACAUACUUAAUGACAAGCGACACAUACUAACCAAAGACACAAAUAACAAUGUGGCAUAUUGGGAUGUUCUGAAGGCCUGCAAGGUUGAGGAUCUGGGGAAAGUGGAUUUUGAUGAAGAAAUUAAGAAAAAAUUUAAAAUGGUUUACGUUCCAAAUUGGUUUUCUGUUGAUUUAAAGACCGGGAUGCUGACCAUUACAUUGGAUGAGAGUGACUGCUUUGCUGCAUGGGUAUCUGCGAAGGACACUGGAUUCAGUAGUCCGGAUGGCUCAGAUCCAAAAUUGAACCUCGGUGGUCUCCUAUUACAAGCAUUGCUGGAGUUUUGGCCAAGAACUCAUAUCAAUCCUAUGGAAGAAGAGGAAAAUGAAGUAAAUCAUGUGGCAAAUGGAGAGCCUGAAACUAGGAUACAGAAAGGCAAUGGCUAUUUCCAAGUGCCACCUCACACCCCUGUGAUCUUUGGUGAAGCUGGGGGGCGCACUCUCUUCAGGUUAUUGUGCAGGGAUUCUGGGGGAGAAACCGAAUCUAUGCUCCUCAACGAGACAGUGCCGCAGUGGGUGAUUGACAUCACUGUGGAUAAAAAUAUGCCGAAAUUCAAUAAAAUUCCAUUCUACCUCCAACCUCAUUCAUCAUCGGGUGCAAAAACUUUGAAAAAUAUAUACACUGUUGCCUGCUUUAGGGAUCGAUUGUCAGCAAGCGAUAUGCUGCAAGUCCGAAAAGUGAUGGAACACGUAUACGAGAAAAUUAUUAAUGUUGAUACAGAGUCUCAGACAACGAGCUCUUCGAAUAAUGAGAAACCUGGAGAACAAGAGAAGGAGGAAGAUAUUGCCGUACUUGCAGAAGAAAAGAUUGAGCUCUUGUGUCAGGACCAGAUUUUAGAUCCCAACAUGGACCUUAGAACCGUAAAGCACUUCAUUUUUAAGAGCGGUGGAGAUCUGACACUCCAUUAUCGUCAAAAAGCAACGUGAACCAAUCAAGGCCUGGACCUAAACAUCCUUAAACAGCAGCUCUGGUCUAACAAUACGUACUGUAUAGAAGCCUACUGAACCUUGAAAUGCACAGACCGUUAAUUGAGGCAGUAUAGACCUGCACCUGUAUAUUUAGCCAGUCUUUCUGUAAUCAAUUAACAAAAUACCUUUUGGCUUCGGUCAUUUUGAUGUGCAUAUGGAAUGAUGGCAAAGACGGCUAUUGUUCUCAUGUAAUGUAAAAAAAUGAGCUCUGUCUGAAGCUUCCUUUGCUUUCUGAUUCCAAUACUUUAUGAACCUUUUCACUAUUUUGAACUUUUAAUUUUACCUUGAAAUUUAAUCUGGUUUUGGUCAACCUACACCCUGCGUGUAAGUACAUUCCAUCUUCCUAUGACAUUAGGAAAUGCUCAAGGCCUUGUUCUAUUGGUGGAGAAACCCAUUAUUCUUCACAUCUGCCCCCCCCCCCCCCUCACCCAUUGUUUCAUUUUCAGUUUCUUGUAAUAUAGCGACAAUGUUCUUGCAGAGUAAAUUAAGCCAUCAAAGGAAAAACAACAAAAACAUAUUUGUUUCAUGAUGCUGUGCAUCGUUUAAAGAAAGGAAAAAAAACUGUCCCCCUUUGAAGUGAAUUGAAACACAGUUUGCAUCGACUUCCAUUGGUAUUUUGAAAUCCAAAGUGGCGAUCGAGCUGAUAUUUUAUAUUGAGUAAUGUUUAGAAAUGUUGUCUCUGGCACAGCCUUUCUGGCUAAUUAAAGCUGAUAUCUAGACUGCAAAUACAUUUCAUAUUCCGUCUGUAACACUUGUGCAAUUAUGAGGAUAUGUAAACAAAAUGGUUUUUUCCCUCUCCCUCUAAUCCCCCUUUUUGAUUUCAUUUUACUG